UAACCGUUUACGUCAAAGGCUUUCUUGCAGAGGGCGAUUCGCCCGAUCGAUUUGAAGAUUGGAUGCAUUCGCAUCGUUUAUUAGCACUCAGUCCGAAACAUAAAUGGGGACCAGCGGCACUGGGGGUCGCCACUGUCGCAAAUUCCGAUGCCGUUGGCGAGCCUGGGUUCCGCGGCAUACCUUUUGGGUCGCAAUUGGCAACGACUGAGUCGUCUUCGUCUACCCACGCCUGCUUCGAUCGUGGGUGCCGUUGCCGUGGACGCUGGUCUCCAUGCAGCGCGCCUUGCCUAUCAAUUCUCCACGGCAACACGUGAAAGUCACGAACGUGCAGAAAUGCUUGCCUGGCGAUUGCUCGAUCUAAGACGAAAGCACGACACGCUCCGAGUCGUCGGCCAUUCGCUAGGCUGCCGUCAUAUUGUCGAAGCAUGUUCAUUAAUGCACCAUGAAGAGCGACCCGACGCCAUUCAUCUCUGCGCUCCAGCGCUCGUAGCGUCUGAUAUUGCACAGCUUAUUCAACCAGGCACAGGUGGUUUGGGGCGGAGCAAGACUGUCAUCUAUUACUCACACAAGGACGUUACACUUGGGAUACUCCUGCGAGCUAUACUUGGAGGUGAUCAGGCCGUGGGCGAAAUCGGACUACCGGGCGGGGAGCUGGACGCAAGUGUCAAGCUGAUAGAUGCUAGUAACUCGCUGGGAGGAUACUAUGUACGGGCACACACGGACUAUGCGCACAAGUUCCACUACUUUGCGCAUGCACCCACACAAAUCAGAAAGAUUACUAUAUAAUGCAAUUAUAACGGCUUUGUUUAUUCAGCGACAGCAAAACCAAUCGGAUACAAGAAAUAUAAGCGAGGUGUUUCAAAUUCGAGUUCCAACGAAAUUCGCUUUCCUUUUCUCUUUAUUUUUAGUUCCG